AUGGCGACCACUAGGAAAGGCUCCAUCACAGUUGUUGAUGAAAAUACUGUCGGUGUCACAUCCGUAUUUACCAAGCGCGGCGACCAUGCUGUCCUACAAGAAGGUGCCACCAAGGAUGAGGUGACCUUGGGUGCAUUGGGUUAUAAACAGGAGUUCAAGAGAGAUUUCACAAUCUGGGAGUCAUUCUCGGUGUCAUUCUCGGUUCUGGGACUUCUGCCAUCGGUUGCCUCCACCAUCGCCUACAGUUUAGGCUAUUCAGGUACUGGUGGUGCCAUUUGGGGAUGGCUUGUGGCUGCAUUGAUCAUUCAAUCAACCGCCUUCUGCAUGGCUGAAUUGUGCUCCAGUAUGCCAACCGCAGGCGGGUUGUAUUAUGCUGCCGCCGUUCUUGCACCUGAAGGAUGGGGUCCUGUCUGUUCUUGGUUUGUUGGCUGGUCGAAUUUUUGCGGAUUCGUGACUGGACCUUGCUCGGUCAACUACGCGCUGGCUUCCAUGCUGAUUACCUGCGGCAUGAUUGCGUAUCCCGACUACACCCCGGAGACAUGGCAUGUCUAUCUCACCUUGCUGGCACUUCUCAUCCUCAACGGCGUCCUUACUAUGCAGUCAACCUGGUUCAUCGGCUGGCUAAACAAAAUUGGCACCAUCUGGAACCUUGCGGUAUUGAUCAUCUUCAUCAUCUGGUUCCCGGUUGGCUCCGUCAACCACCCCAAAACCAACGACAGUCACGCCGUCUGGACAGAAUUUCAAAAUGGAACCGAGUGGCCCAUCGGCUGGGCCACCAUCAUGGGGUUUUUGACGACUAUUUGGACUAUGUCGGGUUAUGAUGCACCAUUCCAUCUUUCGGAGGAAUGCAGCAAUGCAAAUAUCGCCUCGCCACGAGCCAUUGUCAUGACAGCGCAAUCUGGGCUAUGGUUGGGCUGGGCGAUUAUCUUCGUGAUAGUUUAUACCGUCAAAGAUAUCACCGACGUCGUUGCUGGCCAGUAUGGACAACCAUUUGGAAGUCUAUGCCUACAAGUACUCGGGAAGAAUGCCGGUCUCGCCAUGUUUUCCCUCAACAUUGUCGCCCAAUUCUUCGUCGGCGAAGGCUGCACCAUCACGGCAACUCGUGUUGUUUUUGCCUAUUCUCGCGAUGGUGCUAUUCCCGGUUCGAGGUGGUGGAAACAAGUUCACCCGAGAACAAAGACUCCAGUCUAUGCGACGUGGGGAGUUCUGAUGGUUUCAGCUUUACUGGGUUUGUUGAUGUUUGCAAGUCCUGUUGCCAUCGGUGCAGUAUUCAGCAUUGGCGCCAUUGCUCAGUACACGUCUUUUACUGCUCCUAUUGCCUUGAAGCUGUUCUUUGACAAGGGCCGAUUCAAACCCGGCCCAUGGAGCCUUGGGCGAUGGUCGAGCCCCUUGGGGGCUAUUGCCUGUGCUUGGUGGUGUUUGAUCGUUCCGGCUUUAUGCUUCCCUGCUGUUAAAGGAAAAGACUUGACUCCCAAGACCAUGAAUUGGACAUGUCUUAUCUACGGGGGUACCAUGUCCAUUGCGAUGACCUGGUACGCUAUCAGUGGAAGGAAAUGGUUCAAGGGUCCCAAGAUCAAUAUCCAAUUUACCCACGAAGGUACUGAAAUUCUGGAGGGACAAUCCGCGGAUGAUGGUAGUGGAAAGAACAAGGAGAUGGAGGCAGCCGCACUCAAAUCAUGA